AUGACGUCAAUUCAUCGAAACUCAUUGCCUAUACCUGAUGACCUCGCUGUGGAGAUAUUCUCGAGGCUGCCUUCGAAGGCGAUAGGAAGAUGUCGUUGCACAUGCAAGCUCUUGUCCUCCAUGCUUCGACGUCAAGAUUUCAUAGACUUGUUCUUGACAAAAUCUUUUGCUCGCCCUCAGCUUCUCUUUGCAUGCCAAGAUUACUAUAGUAACUAUAUCUUCUUCUCCUCAUCACCUCAUCCGGAAGAAGAGAACUCGUCGUAUGUUGUAGCCGCCAAUCAUCUUGCAAGUUUCCACAGUUCCUACAAGUUAUUUGGUUGUACGAAUGACUUCUUGUAUUAUGGAGCUAAACCGGUUUGGAAGGGGAGUAUAAAUCCAUUGAUAUAUAACCCCCUCACGGGACAGUCUUUGACCUUUCCACGAUUGAAGUUGAGUAAAAGGUUCGCAGUAGUGGAAAGCUAUCUUGGAUAUGACCCCCUUUCUAAAGAGUUCAAGCUUCAGUACGCGGAUUCCAUGGUAGCUUGUUUUGAUUUGAGGGAUGAGAAGUUCAGCUUUGUGAAUUUCAGUAGAGCAAUGCAUGGUUCAACAGUUCUGGUUAAUUACAAUGGGAAACUGGGUUUGCUUAUGUCUGGAGAUCCUCCUGGUGUUAAUAUUAGUCGAGCAAGUGAAAGUUUUGAGCUGUGGGUUCUACAAGACGCUGAAUGGUCCAAGCAUGUAUAUGUAUUACCUCCUUCGUGGAAGGAUGUAGUUACGGAAACCAUGCGCAUUGCUGGAAUAAUAGUUGGUACAAAUGAAAUCGUCUUGGUACCUGGGCUCCAAAAUGUGCCUUCCUAUGUCCUCUACUUUAAUGUGGAGAGAAAUACAAUAACAAAAGUUAGAAUCCAAGGAAUGGAAACGUUUCAGGGUAAGAGAUUCAACACCUAUCUCAACUAUGUUGAGAAUGUGAAGCUUCUUUAA